AUGAAGAACUUCUUGCUCCUCUCCAUGCUCCUGCUCGCUGUACACGGCCGUGGGCCGGGCGGGGGCGCCCGGCCGAUGCCGUCCACCGGCGCAGGUGCAGGUGCUCCGGCUGGAGGGAGCUGUCAGAAUCCCUCUUGCAGCAGCCCACCCUGUGCGGCCCCUUUACUGGGAGAUGUUGGCUGUACCACAGUGUCUGGAACCGAGACCUACGCACAUGAGCUCUUGCCUGCUGGAUCCACGAUCAACAGCGGAGCACACAUCUUUGGACCGUUUGAGGCUGGUUUCUCGUCACAGCAGGACAAUAUCAUCCAGACUUGGGGCUGCUCAACUCCUUCAGUUGUUUACGACAGUGAGGGUGGGACAGACAUUAGCAUUGCCGAGAAGAAGGUGGCCUAUGCCUGCAACAUCGAGUUUCCUCGGCUUGAAGGUGGCACCUACUACGGAGUGGUGGGCCCAUGUGGCGGCCACACCAAUGACUACCACUUCCACAGGAGCUUGAGCUGCUUGUACUCCCAGGCGGGUGGCCAUUCGACCAAGGUGGGGGAAACAGCCUCCCACAGCCUCUAUGGGAAGUGGGAAGACUACGACUUGCAGCGGCUUCCCUUGCUGGACGCUUGCGGUGCCCACAUUGGCCCCACACCUGAGUCCUCCACGCCGGUGUACCACUACCAUGUCCAGGAUCAGGCUCCAUUCACGGUCGGGUGCCAUGGACCCAGCCAGAGUGGUGGUUUGGUGAGUGUCGCUUUGUGUCGAAGUUUGUAUUCCGACUGUGAUGAUGAUGGUGGUAGUGGCACCACUAUCACCACCAAGACAGGCAAUGUGCAGUAUGACCGCUUUUGCCCGUGCUUUGAUGCCUCUGGCUCUAACAUGGGCACCAACAUUCAGGAACUGCCAGCUUUAAGCUCCAGCGAGAUCUACUAUUCCAUUGAUGCUGGUGCAACCACUGCAGCCACAACGACGGUCAACACCGAUGCCACAAGUCUCACAACGACGCCUGCCACAACGACGCCUGCCACAACGACCUCGACAGACCUCACUACAACUGCUUCCAGCAACGAUGGGAGCUGUAGCCAGUCUUGUAGCUUCUUUGACCGUAUGUUGAGGCGCUGCCACCCGUGCCCCCCGGCAUCCCAGCCAGGCGCCAAUCGCCCACCCCGCGGGACGAGGGGGGGGCGGCGGGAGGGCCGACGCUGA